GUGACUUCCCUUUCCCUCUUGCACAUCAAUAUCAAUCUUGAUCUUACGUGGAAGCUCAACUUUGCAAUACAACUUCGGUUUGCGUGCCUAUCCUUUUCUCUCAUUUAAAUUCUAUAAUUUAUUCAUUCUUCAUUACAUUUUCUUCUUCCCUUCUCAUCAUUCAUCAGUAUCACCUUAGCGAUUUCACCUUCACGUUGCUCCUCUGCUCCUCUUAUACAAUCAUGACACUCCUCUCUUCUAAGAAUCCAGAGGAUGCUACCAAAAGGGCAAUGCCUUCCUAUUUUAAUUUACCACCACUGGAUGUUUCUGCUGCAUUUCCACAAGCAACUCCAGCAUCUACAUUUCCUCCUUGUGCUUCAGAUUAUUUUCAAUUUGAUGACUUGCUGACACCAGAGGAGCAGGCCAUCAAGAAGAAAGUUAGAGAGUGUAUGGAAAAAAAUAUUGCUCCAAUAAUGACCGAGUAUUGGGAGAAGGCCAAGUUCCCAUUUCAUGUUAUUCCAAAGCUUGGUGCAUUGCGUAUUGCUGGUGGCACAAUCAAGGGUUACGGUUGUCCCGGUCUUUCUAUAACUGGAAGUGCUAUAGCUAUUGCAGAAGUUGCAAGGGUUGAUGCAAGCUGUUCAACUUUUAUUUUGGUCCAUUCAUCCUUGGCAAUGCUCACUAUUGCAUUGUGUGGAUCAGAAGCUCAGAAGGAAAAAUAUCUGCCUUCGCUGGCACAGUUAGAAACUAUAGCAUGUUGGGCUUUGACUGAACCUGACUAUGGAAGUGAUGCCAGUGCUUUGAAGACCACUGCAACUAAGGUAGAAGGAGGUUGGAUCCUGGAGGGCCAAAAGCGGUGGAUAGGAAACAGUACAUUUGCUGAUCUGUUGGUUGUCUUUGCUAGGAAUGCGACAACAAAUCAGAUAAAUGGAUAUAUUGUAAAAAAGGAUGCACCUGGUUUAACAGUCACAAAAAUAGAGAAUAAAAUUGGACUUAGGAUUGUACAAAAUGGAGACAUUGUUAUGAGAAAAGUUUUUGUCUCUGACGAGGACAGAGUAGCAGGUCUUGACUCUUUUCAGGAUAUAAGUAAGGUACUUGCUGUUUCACGAGUAAUGGUUGCUUGGCAACCUAUUGGUAUAUCAAUGGGCAUCUACGACAUGUGUCAUAGGUAUCUAAAGGAGAGGAAACAGUUUGGAGCACCAUUAGCAGCUUUCCAAAUCAACCAACAGAAACUUGUCCAGAUGCUCGGUAAUAUUCAAGCUAUGAUUCUUGUUGGCUGGCGCCUUUGCAAAUUGUAUGAGACUGGUAAAAUGACUGUAGGUCAGGCUAGCUCGGGAAAGUCAUGGAUCACCUUGAGAGCAAGAGAAACAGCUGCUCUAGGGAGAGAAUUGCUCGGUGGCAAUGGUAUUUUGGCUGAUUUUCUUGUGGCAAAGGCAUUCUGUGAUUUAGAACCCAUCUAUACCUAUGAAGGCACUUAUGAUAUUAACACCUUAGUUACAGGCAGGGAAAUUACUGGUUUUGCCAGCUUUAAGCCAGUUCCCCAAAGAAGUCGAAUGUGAAUGCGUAAAACGUGUUCUUUCAAUAGAUUCCAAUAAACCAGCGUCCAAUAAACCAGCUUCUGUGUAUCGCGAGUGUGUUAUUAUGACUGGGAAUUUGUUGAAACAAGAAGUAUUCAAUAGUUAUACAAACUAGACAUGACUAUUUUACGCUUGGGUAAUUUGAUUCUAUAACAGCAUCUCCAAUGCUAGUUCUUA